UGAUUCGACCAGGACUAGGUUGUCGGGAACUUGUGUCAAGAAACCUCUCCAAAAUUCUCCCAGGUCUUUGUCAUGAUAUAACAGACUGGGUUGAAAGCACAAGAAUAAAAGCCUCCCAGCUUCUGUAUACGUUGUUGUUACAUGCAGAGGAUCACAUAACGCAACACAUGGAGCUACUGCUUAGAACUCUGUACCAAGCAUGCUUAGAUGAAGAAAGCGACGUGGUUAAGAAUUGUGUGAAAGCAGCAGAAUUGAUUGGAACCUUUGUCAGUCCUAAGGUGUCGUUGCGAUUAAUCACAUCAGCCUUUGUGAAGACACCCAAGCCAUCCUGUAUAAUGGUUCUAACUGCAGUGAUUCGAGGUAGCACGAAAGAGAUCUUACAGCCUCAUUUGACCGAUCUUGGCAACACACUGUCACAAGCAGGAGUUUGUCAACGAUCUGAAGAGGUCUUUUAUAUGGAGCAGUUGCUUUGCUGUGUACAAGCAUUGAUUGAAGUAUGCCAGGAAGACUGCAAAGAAAUCAGCUUGCAGCUGAUGAAAGUUUUGGUGACAAUAAUGGCACUACCAUGUUCUCAGCACCUUAAAGAAAAGGUAGAGGAAACUAUGUCUUCAUUAGCUGAAGUGCAGCAGUUGGAUAGUUUUCUUUAUCUCUACAAACAACACAUAAUUCACCUUAUGGAAUGGGUUUCAGUAUCAUGUGAUUGUUGGACAUGCUAUUCUCCAGAAAUACUACAGUUGGAUGUCAUCGCAACUCAUUCAGGUCCUGUCAUAGGUGAAGCUCUAAAUAACUUUAUUCUCAUUCUUAAGACAUGUCUUCAGCCAAACAAAGAUCCCCAGAUGCGGUUAAAACUUUUCACUGUUUUAUCACAGUUGCUCCAGAAAGCAAGUGAAACCAUCAAUUCUCAGGGGCUGUUCCCUAGCUACCUUGAGACUGUGAUAAAAGACAUACUGGCUCCUAAUCUGCAGUGGCAUGCUGGAAGAACAGCAGCUGCCAUCCGCACUACGGCUGUAUCGUGCCUUUGGGCUCUUAUUCACUGUGAAAUGCUUUCACCAAAAGAGAUCUUAAAAGUCAAAGAUGAGCUAAUGUCCCAAAUUAUUGCUGCCAUGGAUGAAGACUCUAAAAUUGCUCGGCUGAUGGCUUGUCGUGUUGUUGGUGUUUUUUUAAAAGUCUGUGGGAGGCAGUUUGGUGAAGAUAAAUUUAUCAAAACUUACACAGAAGUUUUAAAGCGUCUGGAUGAUGCUUCAUGUGAUGUACGACUGGCAGCUGCUCACACCUUAACUAAUUGGUUUAAAUGCUUAAAGGACAGUGAUGUGAAAUCUGCAAUGGAAGGUCAUAUUGAAUUUCUGUACCAAGAACUGUUGAUACAUCUCGAUGACCCAGAUCAAAAUAUCCAAACUGCAGUCCUAGAAGUUUUAAAAGAAGGAAGUGAUUUAUAUCCAGAACUGCUCGUCAGAGAAAUUGAAGGGGUCGUACAUAAGCAUCAGACGCCGGUCUAUUGUAAUCAGCUGCUACAUCACAUUCAGUCAGCCAAAGAAUCAGCUUUAUGA